CUCACUGCGAGGCGUACUAAUCAAUGAUCGAGUCCCUGACACCGCCUGUCAUCGGAUAACGUUUAUCACAAUGGCAGACAAACAAGGUGCCCAGAAGAGUGUCAAAAUAGCCGCUGGAGCCGUUGUUUGUGUUGAAAGUGAAAUCAGGGGAGACGUCACCAUUGGCCCUAGAACAGUGGUCCACCCAAAAGCUCGUAUUAUUGCGGAGGCAGGACCUAUAGUGAUUGGAGAAGGAAAUCUGAUCGAAGAGCAAGCUCUGAUUAUCAAUAGUUACCCAGAAAACAUCACACCUGAUUCUGAGGUGGAACCAAAGACGAUGACUAUUGGCAUCAACAAUGUUUUUGAAGUUGGCUGUGUAUCACAAGCCCUGAAGAUUGGGGACAACAAUGUGAUAGAAUCUAAAGCUGAUGUUGGUCGGAACGUAAUCCUCACCAGUGGCUGUAUCAUUGGAGCCUUUUGUCAGGUCAACACAUGUGAGGUCAUACCUGAGAACACGGUCAUUUAUGGCUCUGGAUGUAUGAGACGGGUGCAGACAGAGAGGCCACAGCCCCAGACUCUUCAGCUGGACUUUCUGAUGAGGAUUUUGCCAAACUACCACCAUUUAAAGAAAACUGUUAAAGCAGGUCACACUACAAGUUAAACCUGAGCGUUAUAGUUUAUAAGUUAAAUAGUAAAGGGCUUUUAAAACAAUAUUAGCAUUAGCGCUUGCUGAGAGGAAGCAUGAAUGUAUAUAAUGGCACAACGUUUAUCAUAUAUUCUUCUCUUUCUCCUGUGCUAAUGAACCGUUUUGUAUGAUUAAUUAAAUAACAUUUAACCAGCUGAAA